GCGACGAAAACAAACCAAAGUGCUUCUCCGGGGCGUUCGCUUGGCUGCCUGCCUCGGCCUCGCACUAGCGGCACAGAUACUGCUCCGGAGAAGCGAGCCGCGCCACGUGCGCUCCGGAGCACGGGCUGAUGGUGGCGGGGUCUCCGUCCGGUCGCUGCUGCCCUGGGCUGAGGAAGGGUCGGGUGUGGUGGAAGCGCCAACUCCCUGCUCCAUUCGACGAGGGAAGGGGGGCGGGGGCGGGGCCCAUUGUUUGGGCGGCCGGCGGCCGUUCCUUCUCUCCCCACCCCCCGCCAGCGAUGAGACCCGCCUUCCUCCCCCUGCCGUGACUCCUCUGCCCCGGGAGAUUUCCUCCCGACGGGAGGUGUUUCCCUUCCCUUCCUUUCCCCGAAUCUUCACCCCACCCCACCCCGGUCCGCAUGGAGGGUGUUGUAAGCGCAGCGCAGCACUUUAAAGGAGGGACGUUACGUCGCCGCAGGCACCCGCGUUCGGAGAGGAUCUUCCCCAACGUCUCGCCGAGAUGUGGCUGCUGGUGGUGGCGCUGGCGGCGGCCCGCCGAGGCGGAGGGUUGGCGGCGCCCUCGCCACCGCUGAGCCCCUCAGGCGCCCAGUGCCUGGGCUCCGUCUGCUUUGGUUUGUUCUGGGAGGCGCGGAGCUUCCCCGAGGCCCGCAGCGUGUGCGAAGGAGGCGGCGGGCACCUGAUGACCGUGCGCUCCACGGUGGCGGGCGAGGCCAUCGCGGUACUGCUCGGCGACCGGUCGGGCAGCGCGUGGCUGGGCUUGCGGCUGCCCGAGGGCUCCUGCGCGGAGACGGCUAAGCAGCUGCGCGGCUUCCGGUGGGUGACGGGCGACGAGCGCACGGACUACCAGGCUUGGGCCAGCGCGGCGGCGGCCGUUUGCGGCCCCAGAUGCGUCGUGGUGAACCAAAGGCUGCGCUGGGAGGAGAGCGCCUGCGAUGUCCCCGCCGACGGGUUCCUCUGCGAGUACAGUUAUCCCGGCGGAACAUGCGCCCCGCUUGCCCUACCGCCGGCCGCAACGGUCUCCUAUCUCACCCCCUUCGGCGCUCGAGAGAGUGACCUUGUGGCCUCGCCCCCGGGCACGACCGCGGAGGUGCCCAGCCUGAACGCCAUCUUGGAGUGCAGAGCGCACAGCAACGGGUCCUUGGGAUGGGGCUCUGCUUCACCUAGCGCCUGGGACUGCCGGCUGGAGAAUGGGGGCUGUGAGGGGCAGUGCCGUGUGGACGACGGAGGACGGCCUUUCUGCACCUGUCCCGAGGGAGCAACAUUGUCGGGGGAGGAUAAACGGAGCUGCAGCUCCCCGUGUGCCAGUUUGGGAUGCCAGCAUCAUUGCGUGCCCCAGGGCGAUUCCGCAGUCUGCAUGUGUUCGGUGGGUUACGUGCUGGAUGCCGAUGGCAGAAGCUGUAAGGAUGUAGACGACUGCCAGGCCACCCCUAGCCCUUGUGAACAGCAGUGCAUUAACACCCAGGGGGGCUUUAAGUGCCUGUGCUAUGAAGACUAUGAACUAGUGGAGGGCAAAUGCCGAGCGACAAAAUGGGAGUGCUUUGACUUGUCCUGCCAGCACGAAUGCAAACCUGUGAAUGGGCAGUAUAGGUGUACCUGCAAUGAGGGGUACAUGCCACACCCCCAAAAGCCAAAUGAGUGUGUUAUGAGCUGUAAUCAAACCAAGUGCCUAGCUGAGUGUGACCCAUACACAUUUGGUUCCUGUUUCUGUGCCGAUGGCUUUAUCUGGGAACAAGAACCGGAUGGGACAAAUAUUUGCACAGAUCUGGAUGAGUGUGAGAAUGGAGAUUGUGGGGAAUUGGAGUGCAUUAAUACACCAGGCAGCUAUCAUUGCAUCUGCCCCAAAGGAAAGGUUUGCGAUGAAACGGAGUCCUCAGGUGAGACUGAAACUUAUUCCACGCUCUCCGCUCCCACAGUGUCAGUUCCCACUCUCGCUCCAACGAAGGACGUCGGCGGCCGAGGAAUGUUGGUCGCUGUCAUUGUUGGUAGCACAUUUGCGGUCAUAGCGUUAGUAGCUAUUUUGUGCUACUUGGUGAAAAAGCACUGCGCUGUGCAGACCAUGAUGGAUUACAAAUGCCAACGAACAGAGACUGGUGUGCCCUUGCAGCAUGUUAGCCUGAGUACCGACAGGAAGUACUGACGGAAAAUGUAGGCCUUCCAUUUGGAGGGAAAGAAGUGGUAAUGAAGAGAAUUAAAUUAUUUAAAAACUGGACAGGAACGCUUAUGAAUUCCAGAGAAAAUCCCUGUGCAGACUCAGUUUUAUGUAUGGUUGGUUGCGAGAAUUCUGGAUACAUUUUUUUUAAAAAAAUUCUCAACUUCCUGAGAGUGAUUAACAGUUGUACAUUGAGAACAAUGCUAGUAUAUGGUCCAUUCCAUGUGCACGAUCACAAGGCAAGACAAAGUACGCGGUGGAAUGGAGCCUGAGCUGCAUUUAUCUAGGAUUUCUGUCCCAACAGUGUGUCUCCAGGUGCAGCCUUUGUGGUUUCCUCUUUUCUUCCAAACGUGAUGCUGCCAGUGUGUUUAAAACGAAAGGCACCAAGUGAACUGGAAGAGUUGGUGUGCCAUUCUUCUAAAAAUGACUGUGCUAGUUUUGAAAACUUUGUUACCAAGAAAGAAUAAAGGUAUUAUCCACAA